UAUUUCAGGAAGAGUUAUAAAAAAAGAAGUUUCAAAAGGUUCGGCAGAGGGCCUGUUUUCUUGAGGCAGACUAAAAAUAUGGGAUAUUUAUCAUUUCAGCAUAUCUUUGAAGAAAAAAAAAUUGAUCUUUCUCUGUACUUCAUCCCCUCUUAAUGGUGAGAAGAUGUUAAUGGCGUCGGACGGGGUGGGAGACGCAGAACUGGCAAGGGGACAACGGAAAAUGGUUGUUGUAAUAUGAAAAGUUUUAAGGGUCAGUUAAGUAAAAGUCCUUUUUUUUUAUUAUUGGGGUUUUCCCAAACAAGAGCCCUAAGCCGGCAGAUCGCCACUGGAAGCGCUGCCCUAUUGCAGAGAAACCAGUGAGACGAGCUCUGAGCCAUCGAGAAACAGAGAAGGAUGGGAAGCAGAUUGGGCCGCCGCGUAGUUCACUUCGCCAACCUACCGAUCAAGCUUCUUAUGCCCUCACCACCCUUCGAAUCCAUUCGUGAGAUUGCGCUGAAGACGAUACCUUCAGCCACGAAGAUCGAGAUCCGGCGCGUUCUCGAAUCCCUAUAUGGCUUCGAGAUAGAAGACGUACGCACCCUCAACAUGGAAGGCAAGAAGAAAAAACGCGGGCCUUUUCUCGCUGCUAAGCCCGAUUACAAGAAGGCCUACGUCACCCUUCGCUCUCCGCUCUCCUUGAAUCCAAACCUCUUCCCUAUACCAUGGAUCAAAGAGGAACGUGAUCGGAUUGCUCAGGUCUCCAUGGCUAGGUCACGGAAGUCUUCCGUUGUGGAGGAGAGUAAGGGCAAUGAAGGGAGAUCUCACUGGCUAGAUGAUCCUGAGCGGCGAGAGCGCAAGGAGCUUUCGGACCGAAGGAGGUAUCCUGCUUCUAGGAAGGACGGCGAUUUAGGGCAGAGGGGUAGGAGGAGAGGUAGAGAACGUGAAGCGGGGAAGGAGGAGGCGAGCAAGUUUCCAUGGAGCAAUAUGCGAAAGUGGAGCUGAGGUAUUUGUGUUAAUGCUUCAAUCAACUAUUAAAUGUUUGUUUUGAUAUGUGCCUGGACAGUGCUUUUGGCUACUGAUAGGGUAUGCAUUGUUUGUAUUUUUAUUUUGAUUAUUAAAAGGAGAUCUUUUGUUCUUGCA